AUGAACAUCCCCCCUGAAGCAGAAGGGGAAGUAAAGCGUCGGCUGCAGGCGGAAGAAAUACAAGGACAAUGCGUCUUCCUGGAGUACGCCAAGUUACAUCUCCGGCGCCUGGAACAGCAGCUCGAGAUAAAGGAGGCGGGAAUGUUUCGUCGAAGCGAACCUUCUCAGGUUACAGAGGAAGAGGCGGCGAAUCGGAAACGUCUCCCCAAGCCGGGGAGGCGGGAGAAGAUGAAGGCAAUCCCGUCAGAAUUGCGGGCAAAGAAUAGCUAA